AUGAUUUCUUCGGAUAGCGACGAAGAACUUGAAGUAGCACGGAAAAUAAGCACGCAACCAGAUAGAAUUGAAGUAUUCAAUUCUAUAGCUUAUCCAACCUGGUUUUGUGGUUGGUACCAACCCAGGCAGCUAAGAUAUCACAUUAAUUCGUGUGAUUACAAAGUUUACGAUACUGGUGUAUCGAAAACAAAUUGUCAAUCCGACUUCUUCAAUUCUCUAAAAAAGAUUUUAUGCAUUCGACCAAUAUUUCUUUACGAUUAUAUUGGUGAUGAGCUAUUAGCUUCAACUUUUUCGAAAUAUGUUUUCAAUUUUGCUAAUUUAUCAUAUUUACGUCGCUUUUCCGCAUUUCGAGAACUAGAAGCGCAAACAUUAAAUGACGAAUACCAACGUGAAUGUGAAGGAAACGAUGAUGGGAAUAGCUUAGAAGGAAGCAGGAAGCUUAGAAGGAAACAGUUCCGACGAGCAAAAAAUUGGUGGAUGAAAUUUUCUUCAAGGAACACAACUUGA